CAAGUUCGUAGCGAUGGCUGUCCAGCUCGUUUCUGCGCUCCUUCUGAUCCUCAGUGCCACGGCUGCUCAUGGAAUCGAGUCGACGGAUGACACGGCAACCUUGCUACAGGCUGUGGCAACGAUGCAAGACACCGUCGCCUACUUCAGCUCGGUUGACGAUCCCAGCGAGAAGUGCAUGACAGCAGAGCGGCCAGUGUUCAUCCCUGAGGAGGCCAAAGCGGUCUUCACUUUUCACUAUCAGAGCCAAAAUGGCAAUUUUAAAGUCGACUACUGCGUCAAUAUUACUGCUUCUGACUCUGGAAACUUUCCCUUCGGUCCAUGCGAUGACAUAGGGUCUCUUGGCACGGCUCAAAUGCUCUUCUUUGACGGUCACAGCUGCUUCGGGGGCAUAUUUCCCCUUUCCGGCACUCAGCAAUGUAUCAUGUGGGUGAAGGUAGACUCCAAGGAUUCUGUGUCGGACGAGUGCCUGCAGUAUUAUGACAAUGAAUGCGGCCCAGAAAAAUACAAGCUGUACGAUAGCGAGCAGUGCACGUAACCCUCUUCGUCACGUCACGUCGGGUUGUGUACACUUCACUAAAUGUGGCGCUCACAUCAGCGGUUGGGGCACUUUUGUGUGGGCGCUCCAAAAUAAAAUAAUUUCAGAUUCUUUACCAGAUUCAGAUUCUUUCAGAACUUUACCAAUACUGAGCCAAAUAAAAGCACCAUAUUA